CGUCAAACAGGGAGCUUGGAAUUCCUCCCACGGUCACGAUGACCAAAAACAAUGGCCAGGAUCGCUUCUUCUCCGAGUUUCGGUGAUCACAAUACCUCGUUGUCCUACCUGAUCUAAAAGUCCGUCGAGAACGGGAGGGAGGGGGAGGGCGCGAAGGAGUCCGACCACGCGGGGGCGAAACAGAUCUGUCUAUUAAUGGCGUCGCCUCUCUCCCCUCCGGUCUCAUCGAAACCCUAGGUUUUUUUUUUCUUUUAGCGGCUGUAGCUACGGAUUCUUCUACCCAUCUCUCUUUGCUUCGCGCCGCCGAGGAGCUCGCCGCGAUAGCUUUCUGGCCAUGCGACGCUGGAUCGCCACAAUCUCCCUCUCGAGAGAGGAAACCCUAGCUUCACCGCGAAACCCUAGCCUAUCUUGGUCAUUCGAAUCGGAUUCCCGCGAUGUCUGCCGAGUCCCAUAGCCCCAGCACUAGGGGCCUUCUCUGCAAUGCUGCAGCCGGCGCCUCAGCCGGUGUUAUUGCGGCUACUUUCGUUUGCCCGUUGGAUGUGAUCAAGACGAGGUUUCAGGUCCAUGGAUUGGCCUCUCUCAAGAACAGUAGUGUUAAAGGAAGUCUUAUAAUUGGGAGCCUGGAACAAAUAGUUCGAAAGGAAGGUGUCCGUGGCAUGUAUCGUGGUCUUUCACCAACUGUGUUGGCAUUGCUUCCCAACUGGGCUGUUUACUUUACUGUCUAUGAGCAACUCAAAAGCUUGCUUUGUUCAGAUGAUGGAAGCCAUCAACUCUCUGUAGGUCACAAUAUGAUAGCUGCUUCUGGUGCUGGAGCUGCAACAACCAUUGCCACCAAUCCACUUUGGGUUGUCAAGACAAGAUUUCAAACUCAAGGAAUGAGAGGUGGGGUGGUGCCAUACCAGGGUACGCUUAAUGCUUUGAGGAGAAUAGCCCAUGAAGAAGGCAUAAGGGGCCUGUACAGUGGUCUUGUGCCUGCAUUGGCGGGAAUCAGUCAUGUUGCUAUCCAGUUUCCUACAUACGAAAAGAUAAAAACCUACCUGGCCAAGCGAGAUAAUACUACCAUCAAUUCACUCAGUGCUGGAGAUGUUGCUGUUGCUUCAUCUGUCUCUAAGAUAGCUGCAUCGACCUUGACAUAUCCACAUGAGGUGGUACGUUCAAGACUUCAAGAACAGGGAUUUCAUUCGGAAAUGCGAUAUAUGGGCGUAAUUGACUGCAUAAAGAAAGUACUUCAAGAAGAGGGUAUUCCUGGUUUUUAUCGUGGUUGUGCCACAAACCUGCUUCGAACCACUCCAGCAGCUGUAAUUACAUUCACCAGUUUUGAGAUGAUCCAUAGAUUCCUGAUUACGUUAUUCCCUCCUGAACAACAUCCACAUACACUCUAACUAUAGAUUAUACCCGGUUUGGAUCAUUUGAAAGGGAGUAUUCCAAUAAAUCAAUCCACCAAUUUGUUUUUCACUGUUCUUGACCUGCUACCCAUUCAUUUAUGGGAAGGCAUUAUAUCUUCCAGUUUUUACAGUAUGAUUGGAUCACUACACUUGCAUAGCUGGAAGUAAAAUAUGAUUUGGGUACAGUGAAAGAAAUCCACAUGCUAUCCAAUCGACGAAAAGCUUUCUUCAUUGAAGUAAUACCAUCAUGUGGAGAAAGGUGUGCAAGGUUUGAGCGGUGACAUUGUUCUUUUUUGGAAAACUGAAACAGAUACUGCAACAGAUUAAUGAUGAUGACAACCGUUGAAUAUACAUUAAAGCAGUUAUUGAGGAAUUCAUUUACUGAUAUGACAUCAGUUGCAAUUUUCGCCUCAAGUACAGGUUGCUUCAUUGCAAGCUAAGCUUGCUGGGCUUAUUGUCUUCUGCACUACAUUGUAUUGGAUUAUUUACCACUACGGUGGUAAAUCUGUGAACAUGUCCAUUGUAUUAGUAAUCAAAGUUAAUUUUAAUCUGGA